AAAAGAAAUCGCAUAUAUCUCCAGAUCAAAGUCUCCAUUAUACCCACGUCAUCACGCACUCCAAUUCCCGUCUUAAAUUCAUAUCUUUCUCUUCCUCUUCAGACACCACCACCUUUGUCGACACCCUUCGUCGAAUCUCACACCGCCAAAUUUCGUCUUCUAAAUCUUCUUCCUCCUCUUCUUUUACAGAUCUAAAGCUCCCGUGAACCAAAAUAGUCAAAUAUCCAAACAAUCCGACACCGUUUCCGACGUCUGACACACGAAGAAUCUUCCUCCGUAGAUCUAGCGAAGAAAAAAAUCUCCCAACGGAGAUGGCGCCGAGUAUUCGAAAAGCCAUCGGAGCGGUCAAGGACCAGACGAGCAUCGGGAUCGCGAAAGUAUCGAGCAACACGGCACCAGACCUCGAAGUAGCCAUCGUGAAAGCCACGAGCCACGACGACGACCGUCCCGCGAGCGAGAAGCACAUCCGCCAGAUCCUAAACCUGACAUCCCUCUCCCGCGGCUACGUCCUCGCCUGCGUCGCCUCCGUCUCUCGGCGUCUGGGCAAAACGCGCGACUGGGUCGUCGCUCUCAAGGCCCUCACGCUCCUCCACCGCCUCCUCAGCGAAGGAGACCCUCUUUUUCAAGAAGAGAUUCUCCACCACUCGACGAGACGGCGAGGAGGUGCGAGGAUGCUCAACAUGUCUGGUUUCCGCGACGAGGCGCAUUCCAGCUCGUGGGAUCACUCGGCUUUCGUCAGGACUUAUGCUUGUUACUUGGACCAGAAGCUUGAGCUGGCUUUGUUCGAGAGGAAGAGUAAUAGUAGUAGCCAUCAUAGCAAUGGUAGAGGAAGAAAAGACGACUUUGACUUUCGAUCUCCGCCUCAGAGAUCUUAUGAUUAUGAAAACGGUGGUGUGUCUAGGAGAACUAGGUCUUACGGAGAUGUCACUGAGAUGAGAGGAGGAGGAAGAGCUGCUACUCCGUUGCCUGAAAUGACGCAGGAGAGGAUUUUCGGGAAGAUGGGACAUUUACAGAGGCUGCUGGAUCGGUUCUUGAACCUGAGACCUACUGGUUUAGCUAAGAACAGUAGGAUGGUGUUGAUCGCCUUGUACCCAGUCGUGAGGGAGAGUUUUAAGCUUUACGCCGAUAUCUGCGAGGUUCUAGCUGUUUUGCUCGAUAAGUUUUUCGAUAUGGAGUAUACGGAUUGUGUCAAGGCCUUUGAUGCUUACGCGAGUGCGGCCAAACAGAUCGAUGAGCUCAUCGCGUUUUAUGAUUGGUGUAAGGAGACUGGCGUGGGGAGAUCUUCGGAGUAUCCGGAAGUUCAGAGGAUUACGAGUAAGUUGUUGGAGACGUUGGAAGAGUUUGUGAGAGAUAGAGCAAAGAGAGGGAAGAGUCCUGAGAGGAAAGAGAUUGAACCUCCUCCUCCUCCUCCUCCGCCGGUAGCUCAAGAAGAGGAGCCUAAUAUGAAUGAGAUCAAAGCGCUUCCUCCUCCUGAGAAUUACACUCCUCCUCCUCCACCUGAGGCUGAGCCGGAAAACCCGCAAUACACUGAGGAUUUGGUUGAUCUAAGGGAAGAUGAAGUCACUGGUGAUGAUGACCAAGGGAACAAGUUCGCGCUUGCUCUCUUCGCCGGUCCACCGGGAAGUAAAGCUUUCCCUUCGGAUGGAGUGACUUCAGCUUGGCAGAAUCCUGCGGCUGAGCCAGGGAAAGCUGAUUGGGAACUGGCACUGGUGGAAACAGCUAGCAACUUAGAGAAACAGACAGCGGCUUUAGGUGGUGGGUUUGAUUCGUUGCUACUCAACGGAAUGUACGAUCAGGGAGUGGUUAGACAACACGUGAGCACUUCUCAGUUAACUGGUGGAAGUGCGAGCAGCGUGGCUUUACCUUUACCGGGUAAAACCAACACUCAAGUACUGGCCUUACCUGCACCGGAUGGAACCGUGGAGAAAGUGAAUCAAGACCCGUUCGCGGCUUCACUGACCAUUCCACCUCCUUCUUACGUGCAAAUGGCGGAGAUGGAGAAGAAGCAGUAUCUGUUGAGUCAAGAGCAGCAGCUAUGGCAGCAAUACCAGCGUGAAGGGAUGAGAGGUCAAGCUAGUUUGGCGAAGAUGAACACCGGUCAGGUUCCAGGUGGAAUGCCUUAUGGAAUGCAACCUGUUCACGGAAUGGGACCGCCACCAACGGGGUAUUACUACAACAAUCUUUACUGAUGGUUCAUUCUUUUUUUUUGUUUGUUAUUUUACUCUCUCAGUGUCAUAUAUGGUAGAUUGACUCGUCUUUCACCUUCGAUCUCGUGUGUUUUUUUUUAUUGCAUUCAAACGAUGCAAUCUCUGUGUUUUGCUCGAGUUUGAAUUUAUAGUUGCAUUGUACACUUUAUUAAUAAUCUUGAUUCCAUCUUGUAUU